AUUAGUUCAGGGAAGGACUUGCUCACCUGCUCCUCCCCUCUGACUCAAGUCAUAACAAGUAACCUGGUUCCCCUGGCCCGGCAGCCUGGGAGGGACGGCAAGGCAGGCAGGUGAGCCGAGACGGAUGGCCAGCAGCCCCGUCUGCUGGAGAGAGAGCACAGGCCUGUGGCUUGGGAGACCCUGAGGUGACAUGCAAGGGCCCUGCGCCCCCUGACUGGAAGCAGGGGCUGUUUCUCAAACUCCUGGACAAAAGCCCAGAAGCAGCUGGGGAAACUCCAGGCUACCUACACAUCCUGGCCCAGGCUGGUCACGGUAUCCCCCCUCCCUGCUCUGUGCCUUCUCCUUCCAGAAAUCCACCAUGGAGAGUAAGGAUGAGGUCAGUGACACCGACAGCGGCAUCAUCCUGCAGUCUGGCCCUGACAGCCCAGUCUCCCCAAUGAAGGAGCUGGCGCACGCAGUGCACAAGCAGCAGAGGGCCCUGGAGGCGAGGCUGGAGGCCUGCCUGGAGGAGCUGAGGAGACUCUGCCUGCGGGAGGCGGAGCUGACGGGCACCUUGCCAGCGGAGUAUCCCCUCAAACCAGGGGAAAAGGCCCCCAAGGUUCGCCGCAGGAUCGGAGCAGCUUACAAACUGGAUGACUGGGCCUUGCACAGAGAGGACCCCCUAAGCAGCCUGGAGCGCCAGCUGGCCCUGCAGCUGCAGAUCACAGAGGCAGCCCGUCGGCUGUGCCUGGAGGAGAAUCUCAGCAGGCAGGCUCGGCGGCAGCGGAAGCACUCCAUGCUGCAGGAGGAGAAGAAGUUGCAGGAGCUCCAGCGCUGCCUGGUCGAGCGGAGGCGCAACAGUGAACCACCUCCGGCUGCUGCCCUCCCCCUGGGCCGAGAGCUCAGUGCCUCUGAUGACAGCUCCCUGUCAGAUGGGCUCCUCCUGGAGGAAGAGGAAUCCCAAGUGCCAAAACCUCCUCCAGAGUCCCCAGCCCCACCUUCUCGGCCUCUCCCACCCCAAACCCUUGAGGGUCUGCAGCCAACAGAACCUGAGCCUGGGGGCCCGGAACGGGCUCCAGUCCAGAACAGCCCCUGGAAGGAGACCAGCCUGGACCACCCCUAUGAGAAGCCCAGGAAAUCUUCUGAGCCCUGGAGCGAAUCCAGCAGCCCAGCCACCACGCCACAGGAUGGGCCCAGUGCCUCUAGCCUGUGGCUUCUGGAGCCUGCCUCCUACCACAUGGUUCCCAUCCGUGGUGUUCCUGGCCAGUGGCAGGGCCGCACCAGUGCCCCAGCCACCCCCGAGAUGCAGGGGAGGAGGGGCCAGUUGCAGUCUCUGAGGGUGGAUUCCUUCCGGGCGGGUCCUGAGGGCCGAGGUCGCAGCGCCUUUCCCCGCCGCCGCCCCACUCACUACACGGUGACAGUGCCAGAGUCCUGCUUUCCCGCGACCAAGCCCCCGCUGCCCCACGCCUCCUGCCACUCCUGCUCAGAAGACAGUGGCUCUGACAUCUCCAGCAUCUCCCACCCCACCUCACCCGGCAGCAGCAGCCCCGACAUCUCCUUUCUGCAGCCUCUCUCCCCUCCCAAGACCCAUCGUCACCGCGGGGCCUGGGGCCCAGCCGGCAGCAGAGAGCUGGUCGCCCACCACCCCAAGCUACUGCUGCCACCUGGCUAUUUCCCGGCGGGGCGGUACGUGGUGGUGGCUGAGAGCCCCCUGCCGCCUGGCGAGUGGGAGCUGUGCCGCCCAGCCCCGGGCCGCGCCUACGAGGAGGAGGGCACUCCCCUGCGCUACCAGCGGCUGGUGCCCUCCCGCAGCCGCAUUGUGCGGACGCCCUCCCUGAAGGACAGCCCGGCAGGCCGGGGGCUCAGUAAGGCCGCCGUGUCCGAGGAGCUCAAGUGGUGGCACGAGCGUGCACGCCUCCGGAGCACCCGCCCCCACUCACUGGACCGCCAAGGAGCUUUCCGGGUCAGGAGCCUGCCCCUCGGAAGAGAGGGCUUCGGGCGAGCCCUGGGACCCCGGGCACAGGUGCCCACAGUGUGUGUGCUGCGGAGAUCGCCUGACGGGGCCCCUGUGCAAGUCUUUGUACCUGAGAAAGGAGAGAUCAUCAGCCAGGUGUAACUCUGCGCCCCAUGCUGGAAAAGACUGUUUCAUAGAGGGGCUGGGCUGAGACCCCCCACCCCUGAGUGCCUCUUUCAGCUCCCCCAUCCCCAUCGCAGGCCGAUGACCUGGAGCUGAGACCUUUUAUGUUUUUUUUUUACACGACUUUUUUCAGAAGCCCUGACCUAAGGAUUUAUAUAUGUGGAUUGUCCUCAAAACCCCUGUGAUAUGAUGAUGCUUUAUCCCCCAGAGUUUAGCCUACUGGACUUAAGGCCUUGCCUGUCUGACUGACAGCCUCUAUCUCCUUAUGCAAGACAAGUGGCAGGGGAUGAGUGAAGCAGAGUGGGCCACCUAGGGAGUUCUCCAAUGCUCUGUGCUCUGGUUCUAAGAACUUCCCUGGGGAACUGCCCCUGGCCCUCCUGUCCCACUAUUGCUGGAGGCUGGACAUGGUACAUACAUGGUACAUGAGAGUCAUGCACAUGGUUCUCCCCCAUUUCCCAGGUCUCUGAGUACCCCAGCCUGGGAUGGGGGAGAAUCCUUUCCCCUUUUCUAAUGUGCUCUGUGAUGCACACACCAAGUGGUAGGUCAAAGGUCAGUAUAUCCUGGUGGUGUAUUGUCUUGCUAGACUUUCCUAUUUUCCUGACCCCAUAAAUCCUCUUUAGGGACCCAGUCACUAUACCCUGUCCAUGCCCUGUGGGCUCCUAGACCUCUGAGCUUUGAGUCAGUGGCAUCAUGGUUUGUAGCCUCAGGGAGUCCGGCGGGGAACUGGUCCAUGCUGGUGCUUAGUGGUCACCUUUUGACAACCACCUCUGGGCAUCUCAAGGGUUUGCAGCCCCAUUGCUCCUUCUAACAUUUUGUUUGUUUGUUUUUGAGAUGAAGUCUCACUCUGUCACCCAGACUGAAAUGCAGUGGCAAGAUUUCGGCUCACUACAACCCCCGUCUCCUGGGUUCAAGCGAGUCUCCUGCCUCAGCCUUCUGAGUAGCUGGGAUUACAGGCAAGCGCCACCAUGCCUGGCUAAUUUUUGUAUUUUUAGUAGAGAUGGGGUUUCAUCAUGUUGGUCAGGCUGGUCUCAAACUCCUGAUCUCAAGUGAUCUGCCCGCCUUGGCCUCUCAAAGUGCUGAGAUUACGGACAUGAGCCACCGCACCCGGCCCUUCUAACAUUUUUUCAUCGUAGUCUCAAAAACCAAUACUUUACAAGUGGUUUUGGAAAGGCACCACUUUUGUGGCAUGUUCUGGUUGGGGGAGGGAGUCACAGUUCUUACUGCCCCCACCAGCUAUGCUUCUGCUCUGAGAAGGUGCUUAUUUAUACCAACAUGGACAUACUUACUCCCAAGGACUGAUGAGAUGCUGAAUUUUCUUUGAGGGCAUUCAUUAUUUGUCCCAGCUGCAGUGGCUGGGUGGAAGCUGCAUGUGCUAAGACCACCUAGCCAUCCCUGGGUUCUCAUCCUAGGGCCUUCUUUGCUUCCAGGUCAGGGGACCUGCUUCAAUGAGAAAGCAACUGAGUUGAGGCUAGGAGAGGUAGGGAGAGCUAAGUUCUGACUUUACCUGUGCAGAACUCUGCUCCUAUGUUACCUGGACUGGAACAGACUGUGAGUAUAGCGGAAGGUUCAACCUCUGGUGUCUGACCUAAAAGAGGCACAGUUCUUCCUACUGGAAAGAAAACGGUGUAGCUGAUUGCACAAGGGUGCCAAGGGAAGACCCAGGAUGGCCCAUCAAAGGAACCUGUGGGAGGACGCAAGAGGCUGAAGGGAUGCACCUGGCAUUUCUCUCACUGUGCUCUUACUGCAUCAGCAACCCCCACCUUUUGGGCCUACUCUGCCCCUCAUGUGUGAAUACCCUGCUUGGAUGCUGUACUUUUCUGGUUUGUCUCUAAGCCCCUUUCCCCAGGGCAUGUUGGUUUCCCUGGUCUCUCAGUGUCCUAACUGGAGCCCAGAGCGCCUUGGUCUGAACCAGGAGAUAGCUAAGCACUGGCCUUCCACACCUAAGCGUCCUUUACAUUAACUUAUUGGUCCUGUAUAACACCUGGUGCCAUUGCCAAGUGGCUGUGUCCUCAGCUACAGAGCUGGAAUUGUGUGGGGUUUAGUACUAAAUACUUCAAUAAAGUCUGUUUUUUGUGAUUGGCUGA